AUGUCUGGGCUUAUGCGUACCUCUUCUCGUUCAGAGAGUGAGAACCAUUUCUUUGGACAGUUCUGUAACCCGGGUUGCACACUUGUCGAAUUUCUCGGGCAUUUUGAUUAUGCUAUUGAAGCUCAGAGACAUGAGCACAGGAAGAAUGACCAUGACACCAGAAAUACCAACGCUGAAAUAUGGGCUGAAGACUUUGUUUUGGAGGAUCAAGAGUCCAGGAUAUUCACACGCACUAUAUUUUUUGACCAGCAGUUGGAGAUACAAAACUGUAUACACAGAUGUGCUAUCGCAAAGUGGGAAAACAUGGUUGACUUCGUUAACUUUUUUGUGAAGGACUGGGAACAACCAUGCACUACUUUCUUCGAGGUUAUGAUGCAAGAGGACGACAUGACUGUGUAUUGUACAUGCAAAAGAUUCGAACAGUUUGGAUUGUUGUGCUUACACAUCUUUUGUGUGCUAAGGAUGCUUGACAUUAGGGAGUUUCCACAACGCUAUAUAUUACGACGUUGGACUUGGGAGGCUGUUCCAAAUAGUGCCCCUGGUGUUAUUCUAGGUAUCAAUGAGACUGAGGAUCGUUAUAAUGAAGUUAACCGUGUUGUACGUGAGAUCACAUAUUCUACGGAGUCGGUUAUUAACAAGCUUGUCACCAACUUUGAUGCGUUAUGCUCGUUCAGGGAUCAUGUUGUUAAUUAUUUCAAAACUGCGGAUGAGUCAGUCGUCAAUGCUCCACCUAAGAGUUGUCGUGAAAGGUUUGCCGAAAUUACUGGUAACACAAAACCAUCUGAGGCAACCGUUCGUGUUCCCAUUGGAACAAGAUUCAAAGGUAUGGGUAAGCCUAAACGGAUGAAGUCCAAACGUGAAAUUGCAUUAAGUCAGUUAGGUAAAAAAGAGCUGUCAGUGUCAAAACUGUUUUAG